AUGUCAGGCACCUACAAGAUCCCACAGCUUCAUCCUUUCUUGAAAGAAGUGCAGCUAUCUUCAAAUACUUCAGAUGCUGGACAAUACUUAGAUGAGAAUGGGGCAGUGGCCAUUGACUUUGAUAUUGUGAAUUGGGUGCUGUUUCCCAAUAACUCCUCUGCUAGAGUGAAAAUUGGAAGCGUAAAGAGACAGAAGUCCUCAAAUCUGAAAUUCACCAUUAACCCAGAAGCAAUUGUGUGGCCCAAGCUGUUUAACAAGAAUGUGCCGUGUUCGAGAUGCACAGAGAGCUGUCGCCCUGGAUAUGCCAAGAAGGUGCAGGAAGGGAAGCCACCAUGCUGCUACGAUUGUGCUCCCUGCUCCGAAGGGACCAUCUCCGCUCAGGAAGAUGCCAAUAAAUGCACCAAAUGUCCAGAAAAUCAGCAUCCAAACAAGGACCGUACUCAAUGUGUCCCCAAAGUCACCAACUUCCUCUCCUAUGAAGAAUCUUUGGGAAGACAGCUGAUUUCCUUUGCCCUCUUCUUUUCCUUAACCACAGGCAUUGUGUUAGGAAUCUUCAUUAAAUUUCUUGACACGCCUUUAGUCAAAGCCAACAACCGAGACCUCUCCUACAUCCUCCUCAUCGCCCUUCUGCUCUCCUUUUUGUCCUCUUUUCUCUUCAUCGGCCAGCCAAGGAAGGUGACUUGCCUUUUCCGACAAAUGGCCUUCAGCAUCAUCUUCUCAGUUGCUGUUUCUUCUGUCUUGGCCAAAACCAUUAUGGUGGUGUUGGCUUUCCUGGCCUCAAAGCCAGGGAACAGAGUGAGGAAAUGGCUGGGGAAAAGUUUGGCCAACUCCAUUGUCAUUUCCUGUUCCAGUCUCCAAGUUGUCAUCUGCACCCUAUGGCUGGGGCUGUCUCCCCCAUUCCCAGAAUCCGACAUGCACUCCCAGCCUGGAGAGAUCAUCCUGCAAUGCAACGAAGGGUCUGUGGCCAUGUUUUAUGGUUCCCUCAGCUACAUGGGCUUGCUGGCUGCCAUCUGCUUCACAGUGGCUUUCCUAGCCAGGCAGCUGCCUGGGGCCUUCAAUGAAGCCAAGCUGAUCACCUUCAGCAUGCUGGUUUUCUGCAGUGUUUGGGUGUCCUUUGUGCCCACCUACCUGAGCACCAAGGGGAAGUACAUGGUAGCUGUGCAGGUCUUCUCCAUCUUGGCCUCAAGUGCUGGGCUUCUGGGCUGCAUCUUCAUCCCAAAGUGCUACAUUAUCAUACUCAGGCCUGAUCUGAACACGAAGGAGCAGAUGAUGACCAAAAAUUAA